CUGAGAGUGUGAUCAGAUCAUGUCGAGUAGUAGUGUGUCGUUGUGAAUAUUUGGAUUGAAUAUUUCAAUCAAUGGCAUGAUUGUCAUGUACUUCGAUAUUUCAAGGGGAAGUUAGUUUUGAUAGUACUUUGUUUCCCCUUUUUACCUCCCUCAAGUUCACAAAGAAGCGAUCAGCUUCUCCUUCGCGUAAUUGUAUUUUAUGGUACUGUAGUCUGAUUUCAGCAUGAUCAACGAAGCGAUAUCUGCAUCCGGACUCCGGGCUGAGCAUGCCCUCUAUGGCUUGAUCAUCUUUCAGAUUUCUUCGUUCACCAUCGCAUUCUUCAUCCUGGUGACUGGAGUCCUGGGUGCCGCACCAUACGGUCGCUAUGUGGAGCAUCAGUGGUGGGCAGGUCCCAAGGUACCCGCUCGGCUGUCCUGGCUUGUUCAGGAGUGUCCUGCUGUCCUCAUUCCAGUCAUCUACGUCCUGGCUUCCGGACACUGGUACGAUAUGUACGUCACCAAGCCCACAGCCAACUCGUGGCUCCUUCUCGCCGUCUGCAUUCACUACACAUACCGGUCAUUUAUAUUUCCAUUCCUGCUGCGCGGCAGCAAGCCGUCGUCUCUUCUCACCACGCACAUUGCCAUGGUCGUGUGCAGUGUGUCCGGUCUCAUACACGCGCUGGCGUUCGUCCAAGUGCUCGCCUACCCGCCGACCUGGACGUCCAGUCCGCAGUUCAUCAUCGGGCUCGUGCUCUUCUUCGCCGGGCUCCUGCUCAACAUACAUGCGGACGGCGUGCUGAGGAACUUACGAAAGCCCGGCGAGACUGGGUAUAAAAUCCCCAGAGGCGGCCUCUUCGAGUAUGUAUCCUGUGCCAACUACUUUGGUGAGAUUGUGGAGUGGAGUGGCCUGGCACUAGCUGGCUGUUCAGUGCCAUCGUCCGUCAUGGUUGUUAUCACUCUAUUGAACCUGGUGCCACGUGCCACCACACACCAUGCCUGGUACAAACAGAAGUUUGAAGAUUACCCGUCGGAGCGCGCCGCCAUCAUUCCCUUCAUCUUCUAACGUGACGGCAAGCAUGUCGACCGACCGUGCCGAGAUGCGUGCCCCUCUCGACUACAUGUACUUGUGUGCCAGGCCUGCUCGUGUCCCUUGUGCGGUCACUGUGUUUUUUACAGUCACUGUGCUGUAUGCAGUCACUGUGCUGUAUGCAGUCACUGUGCUGUAUGCAGUCACUGUGCUGUAUGCAGUCACUGUGCUGUAUGCAGUCACUGUGCUGUAUGCAGUCACUGUGCCGUAUGCAGUCACUGUGCCGUAUGCUGUCACUGUGCUGUAUGCAGUCCAUACGUCAUGUGCAGUCACUUUGUGGUAUGCAGUCACUGCGGCCUAUGGCAUGCUCCUACUGCUCACAGUCCAUACGUACAAUCAGUGACGGAGUCUGAGUCUUGACACGAACCACUCGUGCGGGUUGUUUGAAGUACACACAGCUGCAAGCAGCGUGCGUGACAGUUCUGCAGCCUGCCUUUCGUUUACCCAACCACGGGUCGUAGUUUUACUCUAUCUGCGCAGUUGCAGCAGGUCUCUCUCUCUCUCUCUCCCUCUCUCUCUCUCUCUCCCUCUCUCUAUCUAUCUAUCCAUCAAUGUAUGUAUGUAUCUAUCCCUCUCCGACGUCUAGACUUUAUCUAUGGCUAGCAUUAAUGGCAGGGCCAUCUCACAGUUACAGGCAAUGUUUUAGCUACCGGUAUCAUUUUAUUUUUCCAAACCAAAACUGUCCUUGACCCACCACACAUAAAUUAUACUAUUAUUAUCCGAAAAUUGUUCGUCUCGUGAAAAACAUUGAUGAUAUUUUACAAUUUAACCAGUAUCAUUAUUAGCCCCUUUAGCCUGCUUUGAUUACUCUCUGCACUGAUGUUUGCAAACAGGCAGUGCUCUGGUCUGCCAGCUUGUACACGCCUCCCAGAACUCUUUAGCACGUGUCUUGGUGCUUUCGUCAGGAAUUAGUGGGACGCUUUGCUUUUGUCAAGUGUUAUUGCCUUUUUAGAUUUGCUCCUGCAAAAUGUAUACCAAUAAUGUAUCGACAUUUGUGUAUACUUUAUUCGUGCACUGUCUAUCUUUUAACUUACACAGACAUGGACCGGGUGUCUGAGUGUUUUAUCUUCUGCUCAAUCUCCAGAUCUUGUCAUGUAAGCAUGAAGUUGCAAUAGCAAUGUCUAUCUGA